AGAGAGGUGGGCAACAUGCUAAGACUAAGAGCGCAGCGCCGAGGAGGAAGAAGCGCCGUGACAAUCUGCUAAGAAAACGAUCAAAGGAAAACAAGCGGCGCGAGGUUGGACAGUAAUAAUGCCAUUUGUGAGAAGCAGACUUUCUCCAGAUUGAUGGAUGUUCUACAGGAGUCGCGAUUUGCAGGGCCAGAGCACUGCCCCAGUCCUCCAAACACAACCGACAAUGGCUCACUAGAUCAGCUCUCUGAUGAGUCACAUGCUCUGAGGCACCAUGGCUCGACUGAGCCUGCUCUUCUAGCUCCACCCGCUCUAGGUUCCUCGAGUCGGACGGCCGAGGUUCCCCUCAGCGUGACGGACCUGCACGAUGAAUCCGUCUCCAAUGCUGCUUCUGUCUCCUCUCUCUCCUCAUUCUCAUCUCUCUCCUCCCUCUCAUCCCUCUCUUCUGUCUCUGGCUCCAAGCCUGUGACUUCCUGGUCUGUGCCUCAGAGCUGCGAUAGGCCACCCCUUUCUAGCAUGGAUUCUGCGGGAGGAGACUGCCUGAGUUGUCUGAUUCCCAAGAACCAAACGUGUGAGUCCAUGCUUGAAUUAACCUCAGAGUUCCAGCCAUGCCCUGCCUCCAACAUCAGCAUGCAGUGCCUUGGUUCUGCCCAUAAUGCGGGGCGCUAUGGUGACCAAGUGCUGUCUGAUCAGUUGCUCAGCGGACCCACACAUGCAGCUGGAGUUAAUGAAAAUGCAGAGGGAGGGAAGUCAAUGCGAGAGAGCGAGUCAGAAGAUGACCCUGCUUCUAGGAGUAUAUAUGAGAGCCUGGGGGAGGAGGCACAGGAUUGGAGCUGUCUGGAGUCCCUGAUUAGUGAGAGCCGAAUGGAACUGUUGGACUUGUGUUCUCGCAGCGAGCUGGCAGUCAAUCUGUUCUGUGAGGAAGAUGUAGAAAGCUACAUGUUCCAGGAGGAGGAGGCGACCCUGGGUUCUGAUGUUUGUUCACUCAAAAUUCGCUACGAGUCCUACCCGGACGGAACACAAGAACGGACUGAGCCUCCUCUGCAAGAUGAAUCCCAGCUAGGUUUCUUUCCUGCUCUACCAACAGAGGACUUAAAAGAUAAGAGAGAUCUAUCGAGUGAGGACAAGGCAGACGCUCCAACGACCCCCAACAGCAACUUUCUUUUUGACCUCAGUAAUUCACCUGAGGACUCUGGUGAGUUCAGUGAUGACAGCUAUUGCACUGGCUCGUCUCCCGAUGCCUGGCAGGCCCAACGACCCCAUGGGCACCUGUCCAGGGAGAACUCCAGUUCCUCCUCCCAGCUUAGUUACCGCCUUCGCGCCAAGAGAAAGGUCCCUUACAGAGAAGAUUAUCUAUAUGACGUGGACUCCAUAGAGAGCGAGAAGAAUGCUGAAAAGCGGGAGAAGCAGUCUGUCGGACCAAAGAAGGAGCGGGACGACGACUGGUGCCCAAAGAAGCGACGCCGAUCCUGUCGGAAGGAGCCACCCGUGAUCAUUAAAUACAUCAUCAUCAACCGCUUUAAAGGUGAGAAGCACAUGGAGGUAAGGUUAAGUAAAGUGGACCCCUCAGUCAUGAUGGUGCAUCUUAGUCCAGAUAGCCUACUACACUACGAAAGACUGGCACCUCUGAAGGGCUACUGGCAGAAGAAGGAAAAGGAACAGCAGGAGCAGAACAAAUUAGCAGCUGCAGACAAAACCAAACGCCUCAAUGGCUGCAAGCGGCCACCGAGCACUAAUCCCAAGCGCAAACAAAGGUGUACAAGUAGACUCAGGAUUCAACGGAUCCAUGCAGUGGAGAGUUCAACCUUCAGCCAAACUGCAGCUGCCUCUUCUAACAAUGGACAAGAAGUGAAUGAAUCAGUAAAAAGCACACAGGAAAGCGCUGCACAUGAUGCCUUGGAAAAAGUGGAGACAGGCAACAUAGUACACCCAGCCAGGGCUAAGAGCAGAACUGAAGAGCGGGAGGAGCGGAGGAAGGAAGGCAAAAUAGGAAAGAUAAAAAAAUUUAAGAGUGAAGCCAGACUAGCCAGGUCUAAAAAGCUGAAAGAAGCACAGAAAGAGCAAAACUCCACUGCCUCUGAGCUUACAGAGUUAAGUUCUUGUUUACCUGAAAACCUUAGUAACUCUUUGGAAAGUAAUCUUAUCACAAACGAGACCUCGGUUGAAAAAUGCACUUUGAGCCCCACUGCCCCUGGAACUAACGGGAAUGUGGGACUCCUGCCUGGUGGAUAUCUUCAGACUCUCCUGGAAGUUUCUGAUUCUUCCAGCAAUGCCAAUGUCACAUAUUUCCCUACAGACCAGCAGCAGCCAGGGUUGCUACCAGUUGCAGCACCCCUGCAACCGGCUCAGACUUGUGUACUCUCCCCUCCCUCAGAGUCUGAGCUCCCUCAUUCGCCUCAGCCUCUCAAUCACAUUCCACACCACACACAGUAUCCUGAAACCAACCACAGUGAACAAACCUACCCAGUCACUUGGCCUUCCCAACCCACAGUUGAGCAGCUUUCAUUCUCUCCUGACAUCCCAACUCAAUCCCCAGUCAUGCCACCAGGCUUUCCCAAGCCAGUUCCCGUUUUAGUGGGGGACAGUGCAACAGUGACAGGGUAUGGCCAGAUACCACUGGGUGCCUGCCGGAUGCCUUUUGAAGAACCACUCCUACCAGAGCCCCACUCUGAUACUGAUUAUGGGCUCAGCCCAUCAGGGUCACGUGGUGAAAAUGGCAUGGGACGACUUGUCAGCUUUAACUCCUUGGGAUCCCUCUCUGCAGCUUCUAGCAACUACAGUUCCCUUAGCCUGAGAGAUGGAGAGAGGGAACGAGAAGAGGAGAUAAGUGAGAUCAACGACGGCUUCUUGUCACACUGCAGCCCGCGGCUAGUUCUGCAGCAGAGUCUUGAGGAAGUCACUCCCCUCAGAGAGUCCACUGACUUGCUUGACAUCUCUAACUUCACCCCUGACAAGUUCCGCCAUUCCUCAUUGUCGGAGAUGUCCCCACCUGACACGCCAAGCCCCUCUCCACAGCUGCUGGGAAACUGUGGGAAAGGAGGAGGUUUUCCAGAGACGGGAGGGUCUAAUGUGCGGUGGAACUCCAGUGCUGUCCCACAACUUGAGCAAGACACAUCUGGAAACACAUACCUCUCACAAACCUUCAAUACGGAGGAUGAGCAAGAAGGGCUUCAGGGUAGUAAGGGGUCUAAAAAGAAGAAUGGAAAGAAUGGACAAAGCACCAAAAAGAGCAAAACACCCAGAGCGCCAAAAAGUGAGAGGGUGAAGCUCCCGCGUCAGGGUUCUCGUUCUGCCAAGAAGAUCAAGGCAUUGCUGGAAGGGAAAGCGGUAAAAAGCGGGGAAGGAUUUGAAAGUGGUGCUCCCUCUCCAACUCCCUCGCUAAGCAUAAUGGGAGCUCAGGGGGAGUGGCCUAAUGCUGGAGGCUUGUCAGAUGAGGACCAGGGUGAGUUCCAAGAACCGUCAAACAUCCUGUCUAAUAUAGUCUCCGGCAUGGCCGAGGUACAGCGCUUCAUGCGGGCCUCAGUGGAACCACUUUGGGGACCUUGUUUGUCGCCAGGGCAGCAUGCUCUACAAAGCCAGACGCUCAAGAUUCUGGGUAGCAGUGUUGACCUGAAGAAACGGGGUGGGACUUCAGGGGCGGGUAGGGGGAGGAAGGGGGAAGGCCGUGGUGGUAAAACUUCACCAAAACUCCUCCCACCUGGUUUCUUCCCUCCUCUCGGUCUGGACUGCCUCCCGUUUCCGCAUCGGCCCGCCCACAAAAAGAUGUACCGCCACAAAAGCACCGCUAAGUUCGCCCGUGACGAACUUUUAGCGGGUAAAAGGGACAUUAAAGGAGUAGCGCUGACUGCCUUGGUAGAAAAACGGAGCUCUAGCAGUCUAUGUGUUCAAUCUGUGUCCCAACAUCAUCGUUUAAAACAAGCCCAGCACCCUGCUCUGUCUCUCAGCAAACGGUUGCCUUCAGUUGUUCAGGGGUUGAAGGUUGUUUUAAGUUUUCUGUUACCCUUGUUACUGUGCCAACUAUUCAGAAUGAUGCAUUUUGGGAACCCCAGAAGUAGCGUCUGUUUAGGAAAGAACGUCAUACUUUUGUAUAAGACGCGACUGCGUCUCGAGUCUUAAUGUACUUGCUGUCUUUAAUAUAAUGUUUAUUUACGAUUUAAGGAAGGGGUUUCACUUACCUGUGCCAUAGGCCGACUCCCCUCUGCCAGUAUCUAAAUGCUGUUGUACAGGAACAUAUGCACUAUUUACAAAAUAAGAUUAUAUCAAACAUGUUUAAAUUAAUGUGCCAAAAUAUGAACAAUUAAGUGUACAGACAUUUUUAUCUACAUAAAUAUUUGUUGUUUUUUAAUGUGGUGAUGGUUGUGGGAGUGUAUGUUUGUGAGCCUGGGGUGGGUUGGAAAAUAAUUUUGGAUUUACUGUUGUUACAUAUGCAGACAUCAGUUGUGAAGUCAUCUGUACAAUCUGGAAAAAGACGUCAUUGUUUUCCAUUAUUUUGUUUGAUUUUAACACCUUUAGUGAGCAGAAAAAAGAGAAACUGAGCUGAGCUUGGGGACAGUUAAAGGGGAUUUCUGUGUAAUUCAA